CAUCCCUUUGGUGAUCGAGAAACCAGGUUUGAUGCUUUAUUUCCUGGCCAUCAUUCUGAUUUUGCCCAUCACGCUCAUGAAUCUGGUCACAGCAGUGCUGGUUGAAAAUGGAAUGACUGCAGCGCAGAAGGAAGCAGAAUUCGAGACGAAGGCGCGGAGCGAUGAAAUGAAAUCCGCUGUCUUGCAGCUUCUGGACAUCUUCACCAAGUUGGACAUCAAUCACAACGGCGCGCUGACACGCUCUGAGUUGGUCAAGAUGCCCGCGAAUGCUAUUCCGCGUGACCUCCUAGAUGCCUUGGCCGUCGAGGACCUAACCGAUCUCUUCGAUGUUCUGGAUGUCGACCGGACAGGCGAGAUUUCUCAGCAGGAAUUUGUGGAUGGAGUCCUGCAGAUGGUGGUGCGAGACGUUCCUGCAGAGACCAUGAGAGACUUUUCGGCCAUGGGCG